GAUAUUUUCUUCAGCUGCUUUUAGACUUUUCAGUUAUUGUUGUUUAUCCUCUUCUCCUAGAAAGGUCAAAGACACCAACCUCCCUCCACCAUUCCUCCCAAUUUCCCAAACCAUCCAUGACCAAAACCAUCUUCUCUAAGCCACCCCCAUCAAUUAUUUCUAUAAUAAUGAAUUUCACAACCCAAAAAACUUGCUUCUCUUCCAUGGCUGCUCUCUUAAUUGGGCAUUCUUUCCAUAGCAAAAACUACUCAAUCCAACAACUCAAGAGCAAAAGCAAGAACUGCCCAACAACUCUCAAUACUAGUAUAUCUUGCCAAAGCCGCUUACCGGUCGAUCCGGAAACAGAGAAAGGCAAGGAGAAGGAGAAGAUGCAGUUGUUGCCACAGGUUUUAGUGAGUGUUGGGAACUUUGGGAAGAGAUUGAAGGACAAUUUGAGUCCAAAGCAGAAGGGUGAUUGGAAAGACUUGAUGUUGAUGAGUUUAUCAUUUGCUGUGUAUAUCUAUAUAUCUCAGAGGAUAGUUUGUACUUACUGUGCUUGGAUGUCCAUGAUCAAGCAGCCAUGGUAAGUAGCACAACUUCAUCACCAUUGAGACUCAAAGGGAAAGCUAUCAACAAUUGGAGAUGGAUCUUUAGAUGAUGUUUUCCUUGUUUGUAAUUUUACUUUUUUGGGGGUGUAGAUUUUGGGCUCUGUGAUAUUUUAUAUUGAAAUAAAUGUUUUAUUUUUUGUGUAAGAAUAAUGCUAUCCAAACUGAAUAAAUUCAAGAGUCGUAAGAUCA